AGAAACUAAUUCAGUGCUCGCCUAUUGACGGAACUAACGCGUUCACUUUUUCACACUUUUGCCGCCAAAACGUGACGUGCGUAUAAUGUGCUAGUGUUACUAUGUAAAAUUGUGAAAAUAGAAAGCGAAAAUGGAAAGAAAAAGCGUCACCAAAAUGUUUCGACCGACUCUCUUCCGCGGUCUAAGUGUGGACUCGGCUGAUUCCACGGCCUACCAUCUCGACAGGAGCCGGCGUGCCUCCCUCAGCGCCGAACAGCGGAGGAAGCUGAGCAUGCUCCGUACUUCCAGCAUCCCUACACCGCUGAGCCCGGUGAGCCACAUUUACCAUAUGGUACACUGCCCAAGAAAAUGCUGUAAUCAGAAAUAUGUUGUCAGUACAGACCGGAGUGGAGAUAUUCAUGUUCACGUUCAGGGAAUUAUUCCAGCUCAUAGUCCAGGUGACUUGAGCCAGCAAGAUAAAAGAUGUGUUUUCCUCACAGUUCAUGACCUUGGGACGAAUCAUACAUCGAUGGUUGACUUCGUGAAUUGUCCAGCUAUGACGGAAAUAAAGGAGCGAUCGUGUUUUAUUCACGUUGAUGUUCCGGGGCAUGAAGAAAACUCACCAGACCUACCGGAAUCGUACCCAUUCCCAUCACUGCAGACAUUAGGCGAGGACAUGGUCACGGUUCUGGACUUCCUCCAAGUGCGUUAUGCUGUCGGCCUUGGUGAAGGUGCAGGGGCCAAUAUCCUGGCUCGCUGUGGACAAGCUCAUCCUAGACGCCUUCUAGGUCUGAUUCUGGUUAACUGCACGGGAUCAACAUCCUCUGUGGCUGACGCUUUCCGUUCCCGCUUCUCGCGCUGGCGCGGGACCGACAUAUCUCAGUCUGAGGAAGAUUUCCUCAUCUAUCACAAGUUCGGACACGUGAGUUAUAUCCCACCAGAGAUCCCUCACUAUCGCUAUCAGCAAAUAUCAAGUGACGCCUGUGAGGCGGCCGAGAGGGAGAGAAUGCUUGCAGAAUACAGAUCUCGAUUGAGAGGGAAUCUCAAUACACACAAUAUCAAGCAGUAUGUGCGAGCGUUUAUACACCGCAAAGACCUGAUACUUCGAGGGUGUCGACCUGAUAUUCUCCUCAUAACUGGUAUGCUGAGCCCAUACAUGAGCGUCGUGGAAAAAAUGUACAAGGAAUUGGACAAAGAUAAAGUGACGAUUCUGAAGAUCGAGAAAGUUGGUGAUGUUCUAGCUGAAGCUCCAGCCAAGGUCGCCCAGUCCCUGCUCCUCUUCUGUCAAGGCCAGGGACUACUGACUUCCCUUCCCCCACCUGGAGUAGAGCGGCGGAUGUCACGCGCCAUGUCUAUGGAGGAGUAUGAUAAGCCUAACAUUAGGCGGUUGUCGCUCACACCGAAUAUGUCAGAGUCUCCACCACCACGUAAAGUGUAGGAUUACUAUAGACAGAUAGACCUUUAUUAGCUUGAGAUGGGCAAAGUUUAAAAUUACGUACAAAAUUUCACGUUUCUAUGAAAAUUCUUAAGUUCGAACACUAGUCGAUUUUUCAUACAAAUAUGAUGUUUGGUUAAACUAUGGAGCUAUCGUGAACUGCGACGGUGUCGAGUAUUCGUAUAGGCUUUCCAUACAAUAUGUUUAGUUUACUACACUAUUAUAUUGGAACGAUGUGCUUCCGUUUAGAGCAGUAGAGCUAGGAUACGAUAGGCAUUUUAAAGCGCUCUUUUUAAACAGCGUCCAUGAAGUCUUAUACAAAAACCUAUUUAUUAUAUUACGAUAGCCAUUUGAUUUUGCGUAUUGUUUGUGCUAAGGCCGUUCUAGUAGCUAUAAAUCAUAUUUGUAUACGUUAUUUAAUUCGUAUGAUUAAAGAAAACGUGUUUUUGGUUGUUACGUCUCACGCAGAGACGGUAUUUACGUGUUAAUUUGCAUAUUUUUUUGUGAAGCCCAAGGAAGUCACCUCUGUUUUUAAUUUAGUUAAAAUGUUGUUGAAAAUAUGUACGUUUUAAAUUAUA